AUGCUCCUCUCUCGCAUCUACUCAGCCCUUGCAGGUGCCCUCGGCCUCCUUUCCUCCGCGCUGGCACAGGACAUCGCUGUGAACCUUCUUCAAUUCACCAACAAUGUCUACGUCGCAACAUCAACCGGCUACUGUCUGGACGAAAGCGCCUCCCCUGUAAUACGGAACGACAACGGAUCCAACUGCAUCAUUGUCACCGGGACUGACCGCGGUGUCAUCUACACCGGCGAUAUUGACCAGGGCCCUGUGCGCUAUCUUACCGUCGACGAGGACUCUGGCAGCAAUCGUCUUUUCUUUACAGAGAGCCAGUCACGUCUGCUGUGGUAUUACAAUGUACCUGAUUCGAGCGGGGGAUAUUACAUCGACCUCUGCCUCAGUGCUGAUGGUGACGAUGUUCUCUACGGCCCCGAUUGGCAGGUUGUGGAUGGCACGACCCUUGUUCCUGUUUCGGAGAGUGACAACGUUCAUGAGCCAGUGCGACUUGCGCUGGUUGAGCCGAGCGGGGCUGCGGCCGCGGGGGGUGAGGCUGCUUAG